CCUCCACAGUACCAAAAUGCCCACCCCAGUAAUCAGAUGCAGUUGACUGCCUGACAUUACCAUAAUAAAGUGCCCAGAUAAAUAAAUAAACCAUUGACAAUCGUAUUCACCACAAAUGGCGUCAACAGAGAGUGAAGUGGUGGCUGUCACUGAGGAUAUUGAUAAAUUAACAGUGUCCGUUGACCCGUCAACAGUGAAAAAUAAUGAUUCGGCUGACACCCUGGGAUUUCAGCCGCAUCUCUCGGGAUUUGAGACCCGUGAGCUCUACAAAAUAGCCCUGAAUUUUUACAAAGAGAAAGAAGGUAAGGCAGUGCAUUUGUCGUACGAGGACAAGUUGAAAUUGGUGGCGUUUACCCAGCAAGCGACUCAUGGCAAAUGUACACCAGACAAUUCACCAGAGUUGGGGGUGUUGGAUGUCAUUGGGAAGGACAGACGAUUGGCAUGGCAGAACUUGGGGGACAUAACGAGGGAGGAGGCGAUGGAGGGGUUCAUUAUUUUGCUGGACAAACUGUGUCCCCUGUUCAGAACGGUAGUCGAGGCACAGAAGCGAAACAUCGAGGAGCAAGAGCGGAGGAAAAAGGAGGAGGAACUCAAGAGAAUCGAAGAGGAGAAGAGGCAGAGGGAGCUGGAGGAGGAGAAGAAGAGGGAGGAGGAGGAGUUGCAGAAGAGGGAGCACCAGAGGAGGCAGAUUCAGGAGGCACUCAAUCAGCAGACUUAUCAUCAGUUCAAGGCUUAUGCUGAACAGCAGUAUCCGGGGAAUCCUGAGCAACAGGGGGUGCUGAUCAGGCAAUUGCAGGAGCAGCAUUAUCACAGGUACAUGCAGCAGCUCCACCAGAAUCGACUGAUGAUUGAGGAAAAUAAGGAGAGUGAGAAGAAGGAGAUCGAUGAGACUGAGGAGGAGGAGAAGAAGUCUGAACAGAAGGAGGAGGAGGAGGUGAAUGAGGAGAAGAAGGACAAGGGACGCGAUGAGGAGGAGGACGACUCGGAUGCUGAGCCUGAUUGGCCGCCCAUUGAAACCCCCAAGAUGUGGACCAGGCCUGGGGUGGAGGAGUUCAAGGACACCAUCAAGAGGGAGGCUGGCGAUGCUGUCAUCAGGGUGGGGCAUGGGGAGACUGUCACUGUGAGGGUGCCCACUCACGAGGACGGCGCCUUCCUCUUCUGGGAGUUUGCUACUGAUGGAUAUGACAUCGGGUUUGGGGUUUAUUUCGAGUGGUCCAAGCCUGAGACCAAUCAGGUGUCCGUGCACAUUAGUGAGUCCGAGGAUGAGGACGAUGAGGAUGAUUAUGCUGGGGAGGAUCUCGAGACUGGGGUCAACGGGGAGUGCAAUCCGGAGGAGAAACCCAGCUCACCGCAGAUCAGCAUUAUUGUGCCGGUAUUUCGACGAGACUCCCAAGAGGAAGUUUACGCAGGUAGCCACCAGUAUCCAGGUGAAGGUGUUUACCUACUGAAAUUCGAUAAUUCAUACUCUCUGUGGCGAAGUAAGACUCUUUACUACCGAGUUUACUACACACGACCUGGUUUCACGGAUAAUCCAUCUUAACCCGUCGACUGAAGUGUCUGUCGACAUUAGCCCCUGGCCAGAGACCAUGUUCACACGUUUUAUCCUAGUCCGGCUAUCGAGGAGUCCCAAAAGAAAGAGAAAAAACCGAAAAAAAAGACACAAUUAUGUGAGAAAUAGUUUAUUUAUUACAAGAACAACACUUAGAUAGGAUCGUUGGAUUUUAUUUGGAGGAACAAACUGCGAAUAUGCACAACUUUUUCAAUAUUUUUCACUUAACUCGAUGUACGAUCUCAUCGAUAAUGUGUGUUUAGUAUCUGUCUGUUAAUAUACAAAUGAAGAAAUAAACAGAAGAGUAUGUAAUGUUGAUUAACUGUAAACAACACGCGGCACGUGACCUCCACGUCAGUAGUAAAGGAUUGAAAUCAUAUAAUUUCGGACAGAUGUGGCAUUUUGUUGAAUUCCUAGUUAUGUUGAGACCCUUAAUGACACACAAGUCAUUUUCAUUAUUCAAUAUCUAUUGAACGGCUCCAAGAAUACUGAAAACAUCAAUUCGGCUACUGAAAAGCGCUAAAAAAUAAAUAAUUUUUAAUCAUGUUGCACGCUAGCGUUGUUUUGUUGCGGCUGAUAAAUUAUUCCAUAAAAAGUUUUUCGUUAUUUUGAUUCAAAAUCAAAACUUUUACUCAAGAAGAUAUAUUCAAAUUUUUUUCAUAAUUUGAUGUAUUUUUUCCUUUUAAUUUCAAUCAUAUUCAAAGUUAUAAACUUUCUUCUACUUUUUCUUUGAUGAAAAAUGUUAUUUUUUCAUGAGAAUCCACGACAAAUCCCAGGAAUUACUAUUAUAUUAUCUCGUAAACGAUUUCUAUCAUUCGUUUUUAAAAUUUGCGAAUGGCUUCAACAUGUAAAAACAUUCUUUUUUAUCCAAACUACAUUAAUAUCAUUUUUGCAUUUUUAGCACUUCGCCAUGAUCUUCUCAAUUUUGUAUCGAUUUGUCACUUUACUACUGACUAUUCUCUGUAUAUUUUGUGGUGUUAUGCGUAAAUUAUAUUGUUUGUACUACGGCAAUUGGUAACGAGACCCGCACCUAACUCAGUGUCAAAGAUCGAGCUUGAAUUGAUAAUAAAAAUCUAUUCAAAAUCGUUAUCAAUAAAUACUGUGUGCCUCAAUAGAACUCAAGGAAACCAAUGAAUUGAAUUAAUCCACAUUUUAUUUGUAACCAUCAACCAUUUGUCUUUAUUUCGUACGGCAAUAUAAUGCAGUUUAUGUAUAAUAAUCACAAUUAUGUUAAAUUACUAUAAA